AUGGGGGUGACGGGGACACUUGCGGUGGCCCUGGGGACGCUGCUGCUGCUGGGGGUCCCCGAGCACUGGGGACACGUCCCCAAGGACCGGAGACACGUCCCCAAGGACCAGGGACACGUCCCCAAGGACCAGGGAGGUGGCCCCAAGGACCAGGGACACGUCCCCAAGGACAGGGGACACGUCCCCAAGGGCCAGGGAGGUGGCCCCAAGGACUGGAGACGAGUCCCCAAGGAGCUGGGACGCGUCCCCAGGAGGUUGGGACACGUCCCCAAGGGCCAUCCCAGCGUCCCCAGGGACGUCCCCCGCGCCAGGGGAGGCCGAGGACCUCGAGCGAGAGCCAGAGCGGGGCAGCGUCACCCGGCUCCGACCUUGGGGACGUCGGGGACGUCGGGAACCGGGACGUGUCCAGGGACAUUGAGGACAGCGAGAGUCGGGGUUGGGGACACUCGGAGGAACUGUGGGAGGUGCCGUAACGCCGGGGACCUCCUGUCCCCGUGUCCCCGUCCCAGUGUCCCCAACCCGUCCCCGUGUCCCCGUCCCAGUGUCCCCGUCCCAGUGUCCCCAACCCGUCCCAGUGUCCCCGUCCCAGUGUCCCCAUCCCAGUGUCCCCAUCCCGUCCCAGUGUCCCCGUCCCAGUGUCCCCGUCCCAGUGUCCCCAACCCGUCCCAGUGUCCCCGUCCCAGUGUCCCCGUCCCAGUGUCCCCAACCCGUCCCAGUGUCCCCAACCCCGUGUCCCCAACCCGUCCCAGUGUCCCCAACCCCGUGUCCCCAACCCGUCCCAGUGACCCCAUCCCAGUGUCCCCAACCCCGUGUCCCCUACCCGUCCCAGUGUCCCCGUCCCAGUGUCCCCAACCCCGUGUCCCCAACCCGUCCCAGUGUCCCUGUCCCAGUGUCCCCAUCCCAGUGUCCCCAACCCAGUGUCCCCGUCCCAGUGUCCCCAACCCGUCCCAGUGUCCCCAACCCGUCCCAGUGUCCCCAUCCCAGUGUCCCCAUCCCAGUGUCCCCAACCCGUCCCAGUGUCCCCAUCCCAGUGUCCCCAUUCCAUUGUCCCCAUCCCAGUGUCCCCAACCCAUCCCAGUGUCCCCGUCCCAGUGUCCCCAUCCCAUCCCAGUGUCCCCAUCCCAGUGUCCCCAACCCAUCCCAGUGUCCCCAACCCAGUGUCCCCAACCCGUCCCAGUGUCCCCAACCCAUCCCAGUGUCCCCAUCCCAGUGUCCCCAUCCCAGUGUCCCCAUCCUGUCCCAGUGUCCCCGUCCCAGUGUCCCCAUCCCAGUGUCCCCAACCCAUCCCAGUGUCCCCGUCCCAGUGUCCCCAUCCCAGUGUCCCCAACCCAUCCCAGUGUCCCUAACCCUGUGUCCCCAACCUGUCCCAGUGUCCCCAUCCCGUCCCAGUGUCCCCAUCCCAGUGUCCCCAGUCCCAUCCCACUGUCCCCAUCCCAGUGUCCCCAACCCACCCCCAUGUCCCCAUCCCAGUGUCCCCAUUAAAGACGGA